UAUAACAUUUUAUGCACAAGCGACAAGUUCAAAUAGAAACAUUAAAGUAUUUGUAACAUAAUAAUAGAUAGUCCUCAAAAAUGUCUAACUCAAUCAAGAUCACCAAAAUAAAAUGUAAAACCAAUCCAACCUUAAAUAUUAAAGCAAAUUACUCAGUUAAUAAAGAACUCUAAAGAUAGAAAUACUGAAAGAUUAUUCAAAUAACAUGAGAAGCUUAAUGUCAUUCAAAAUAUUUAACCUUCAACUACUUCAAGGCCAAUAGAGAGUCGUGAUAUAUCUGUCACUUUUCAUUAAUUAUUAUAAGAGUUUAGAAAUCACAAGAAGCAAAACAAAGAGAAUUCAUUCAAUAGAAUCAAUAAACCAUCCAAAAAAGUUAGAUAGACCAGUUUUCCAAAUGCAGUUCUUCUAAAUAAUUCCAGUAGUCAAAAUCAUAUCAAAGAUAAUAUGCAUAUAUAUAAAGGAGAUUGCAAUGAUAAAUUAACACAAAAAAUAUUAUCAAUUGCCUAAGCUUCACGUUCUUAAAAUAAUUAUACAUUAUAAUUUAAUGGAGUAAUUGAAAACAUGUGUCGUUGUUCUUAAGAAUAGAAUAAUUUAUUGUAUGAAGUUAAAGAAUAAUUAAAAAAUAACGAUUCUCAUUAUAGAAAAAGCUCUUAAAGAUGUGCCUCAGCUGAUAUUUAAUUAAUAAUAAGAAGUUCUUAUAAAAAAUCAAGAUCAUCUUCUAUAGAUAGAAAAGAAUCUCGAUAUUUAGGUUCAACAUAAACACACUCUAAUCCUAAAGAAUUAGAUUUAACUUGUGAUGAAAAUGAAAUUGUUGUAAACAAUGUUAAUCUUGAUGAAAGAAUCAGAACUGAGCCUGAUCCUUUAGUAAAUCAGGAAAGACAAUAUUUAGCUGAUCCAUAUUAUUUAACUAAAUAAAAUGAAAUAACUUGGUUAAUAAGAGCGAUUGUGAUUGAUUGGAUGAUGGAAACUGCUAUGGGUAAUAGAUUAAAAAGAUAAACAUUUCAUUUAUCAUUAUUUUAUUUUGAUUCCUAUUUAUCAAAAAAAAAAGCUAAUAAAUAAAAUAUUUAAUUAAUUGGAUUAGCAAGUUUGUUAAUAGCAAAUAAAAUAGAAGAAGUAAAUCCAAUUAGUCUACUUUAAUUUUAAAAAGCUGCCAAUAAUGGUUAUAAAUAGAAUGAAAUUUUAAAUAUGGAAUUAGAUAUACUAUUUGUAAUUUAUUUUUUUGUUUUAUAUUCAGACACUCAAAUGGCAAGUGAAUCCUCCAUCUUAUACUUAUUGGAUUAAUUGGUUUACAGAUUAAUGGGAUAUUUAUGCAAGUGAUCAUUGUAUCAAUCUCUUUUUUCGAAAACCAAACGAAGAAUCUUACUAAUGUAAUUAAAUUUUAAUAAAAAGUGUUUAGAAAGUUAUGUUAACUUAUUGAUUGCACCUUAUUAGAUAUUUAAACUCUUCAAUAUAUGCCUAGAACUAUAGUUGCCUCAUUUAUGUAUUUAAUCAUUUCAUUUUAACUUAAUGUUUUUGAAAUUGAUAUGCUCGAAAUCAUGUCCAGAACAUCAAUGUUUCUAUUAAAUCGUAAUAUUAUUUAACUAUAAUUUUUAGGAGAUAAUUAAUUUAACAUUAUAUUUGGACAAUUUGUAACUAUUACUUUUGGCUUUGCUUUAUAAGAUAUUUUACCUGCUAUUCAAUAUGCAGUUGGUUUUUAUGAAUUAGAAAUCAAUUAUGAAACACCUCCUGGAGUUGUUCAUUUAUCUAAUACUCCUUUGGAAGUAAUAUUCAUUUUUUAUCUUAGUCAAACUAUGAAGAAUUUCUUUCAUUUUAAUGUUAUUCAAAAUACUCACUUUAAUUCAUCAGAUAAAAAACAAGAGAUUGAUAUAUUUAAUUAAUUC